GCGGAAUAGAGGGAGCAGGGGAAGAUAAAGCCGGAGCUAGUGUCAUGAACAGCGCACUGCCGUACGAUUCCCUUGCCGGACGGCCCAGCCCAAGGAUCGCUGAGUGGGACCGAGAGUGUGCGGUGCGGAGGCUGUCCUCUCCCAGGGGGCUGGGCCUCCUCACCUCUCCCGCGGUGCCUCGCCGCCCCUCGGCCCCCCCCGGCUUGCUGCUGCCCACCUGCCAGCAGCAGCAGCAGCAGCUGCAGCAGCAUCAGCGCCUCUCCCUGUCGUUGUGCUCGGAGGCCUCGCUGGCACCCCCGGCGCCCCCCGCCAACGCCUCCUGCUGCCGGGCAGUGGACGCCAUGCCCCUCCUGCGGCUGGGGCUGCUGGUCUUCAGCUGUCUCUUCUGGGCAGCAGGCCUGGCCAUUUUCACCCUGGGCGUGUGGACACAGGUGUCCCUGGCCGACUACAUGCUGCUGUCCGCUAACAGCUACCCGAACGCCCCGCUCACUCUGCUGGCCACAGGGGGCGCCAUCACUGCCUGGGGCUUCCUGGGCUGCCUGGGCGUGGCCGCUAAGCUCCCCUGCCUGCUGCGGGCCUAUGGCGUCUUCCAACUCGUCGCCCUGGUAGCGGGGCUGGCGGCCGGACUCUCUGGGCUCUUCUACCGCGAGGACAUCGCGGAGGGCUUCCGCAGCGGGCUUCAGCAAGCCGUGUCAGCCUACAGCGAGGACGAAGGCAGAGCGAACGCGCUGGACAGCCUGCAGAGGGCGCUGGAGUGCUGUGGGGCUGAGGGCUGGCAGGACUGGCUGGCGUCCGACUGGGCUUUGGACGUGCGCCCGGGGAACAGCUCGUCAGUCUCGGUGCCGGACAGCUGCUGCGUGCGGCGCAAGGGCUGCAGGAACCGGCCCGUUCCUGAUGAAGGCGCCGGAGGGGUGGCCGCCGCCGGCAUUCACCGCCACGGCUGCUUCCGCAAGGUCUUCAGCAUCGUCAACGACAACGUCUUCCACAUCGCGGCCACCGUGCUGGGGCUGGCGUUCACACAGGCUGCAGGUAUUGCCCUCGCCUGCCUGUUGGCUAACCGCUUGGCACCCCGGCCACAGCAUGGAGGGGGACACUGA